CCCACUCUGACGAAUCCACCACCGUCCUCGACCGCCAAUUCACGCCCGCUCGUCUCUCCACGCACUCCUGAGCUGCUUCGUGCUUCUACAAGGCUCGGCGAGCAGCAGCAAACAUGGCGUCCCAAACGCCCGCCGUUGUCAUGGACAACGGUACGGGUUACUCGAAACUUGGAUUCGCCGGCAACGACUCGCCCUCCUUCGUGUUCCCCACUGCGAUAGCUUCCAAGGCCCCGGCAGGCGGUGCUGGCGGCUCUGGAUCGGGUCGGCCUGCCGUCGCAAACAAGCCCUCCUUCCUGACCGGAGGUGCCGGUCCCGGCGGUCAUCUGCAUGCGAAGCGGGGAACUGAGGACCUCGAUUUCUUCAUUGGAGAUGAAGCGCUAUCGGCUGCCGCGGGGCCUGGAUAUGGUAUCCAUUAUCCGAUCAGACACGGUCAGAUAGACAACUGGGAUCUCAUGGAGCGCUUCUGGUCCAACUCGAUAUUCAAGUACCUGCGCGUGGAGCCAGAAGACCACCAUUUCCUUCUCACCGAACCCCCCAUGAACCCUCCUGAGAACCGUGAGAAUACCGCCGAGAUCAUGUUCGAAUCGUUCAAUUGCGCCGGUCUUUACAUCGCUGUACAGGCUGUGCUCGCCCUGGCUGCUUCGUGGACGAGCUCCAAGGUUCACGAUCGAUCCCUGACCGGCACUGUCAUUGACUCUGGUGCCGGUGUCACUCACGUCAUCCCUGUCGCGGAGGGAUACGUCAUUGGCUCCUCUAUAAAGAGUGUCCCCAUUGCCGGUCGCGACAUUACCAACUUCGUUCAGUCGCUUCUGCGCGACCGAGGCGAACCAGACUCCUCCCUCCAGACUGCUGAGCGCAUCAAGGAGGAAUUCUGCUACGUCUCUCCUGAUAUCGUUAAAGAGUUCUCCCGCUAUGAUCGCGAGCCCGACUACUUCAAGAAGCACACAGUUAACCACCCCAACGGCAAGUCGGUGCAGGUGGACGUGGGGUAUGAGCGAUUCUUGGCUCCCGAGAUCUUCUUCAAUCCUGAAAUUUACUCCUCGGACUUCCUCACGCCACUGCCGAACAUCGUCGACACAGUCAUUCAGAGUUCGCCCAUUGAUGUACGAAGGGGACUGUACAAGAACAUUGUUCUCUCUGGAGGGUCCACACUAUACAAGGACUUUGGAAGACGUCUCCAGCGUGACAUUAGACACCUUGUCGACGCUAGAAUUAAGGCUUCAGAGGCUCGGAGCGGAGGCGCGAAGAGUGGUGGUUUGGACGUGCAAGUCAUCACGCACAAGAGGCAAAGACACGGUCCAUGGUUCGGAGGCAGUCUGCUUGGUCAGACUCCUGAGUUCAAGAGUUAUUGCCAUACCAAGGCAGAGUACGAUGAGAUUGGCCCAAGCAUUGUGCGGAGGUUUGCUCUCUUGGGCGGCCCAGGGAGCACGUAAAGAAGGAAAGUAUGCAUUCGGAUUGUUCAAAGCAGUUGAGGGGGACGCGCGAGCGGCUGAUAGCGUGGGUGUAGGGGCAUGCAGAGAAACUUAUCGAAAAGACCAUCUUACGCACCACAUCAGCAACUUACGUUACCUGUGUGACCAACGGUAUGAUUAGACGUUCUGGUUUCGAGUGAGUCGUUGACCUUGAACCUGGGUGUGCUCCACUUGA